AUGGAUGAUAUGCGACACGACGACGUGAUGACGACGAGAUGCGACGUUGCGCACAGUUGUCGAGUGUAUGGUGGUGUUGGUGCGCAGCAAAAAUCGUCGGAGGCCGAUGCGCGCGCAGCAUUUGACGAUGGGGCAAUGGUGAGUUCGUGGUCGAAGAUGAUAACGACGACGACGUCGAUGAUGACAACCACGAAGAUGAUGGCGACGACAGCAGCGAAGACGAUGGCGAAAAUCAUGCCGCCGACGGCGACGGAGAUGAUGACGAUGACAACACAUCAGCGAACCAGCCAUCCAACCGGCCACGCCAGUCUGUCAACCUGCCUGUGCGACUGA